UCUGAGGUGAGUUUAGAAAUUAAUUUGUUGCACACACCCAUGUUGUGCACAGCCUAUUUCCUUUACAGAAUCUCACUACACAGCACAUAUAUGACUCAACCCCGCAGCACAGCCUCUUCAUGUGCAGCCCGAUGGAAAAUGUGGCUUGUCAAGGUCCUCGGUGUCAUAUAUUUGACCGCUGUUUGUGCCGCUCAGGAUCAAGAAGAUGCCACCACUGUGGCCAGAGAAUUUGCUCCAACUGAUCCUACUCCAAUGACAAUGAGUAUUGGAACUGUCUAUGUGCCUCCUGAACCAUCUGUGCAACUACUGUCAGGAUGGACGGAGGUGUUCCUCUCAGAGAAAGUGGAGUUCAGUUGUAAUGUCGAUGGCAGCUCUGACUGGACCUUCACCUGGUACAGAGAUGAACAGCAAGUACAAGAUUCAGAUCCAAAUGUGUCUAUCGAGGGAUCCAAGCUUACAAUCACUGCAGCAUCAGACGCACAAUCUGGAAGUUAUUCUUGUAAAGGUCAUCACAAAACAAAGAGCGGCGUUAUUACUGGAACUGCUAUCCCAAUCAAGCUCAAAGUUCAUGCAAACAAGCCCAAGCCCAGUUUGACUCAAGAUUCAAACACUGAAAAGAUGUUCCUCGGAGAGUCUGUCACCUUCACAUGCAAGGUCACCGAGUCCUCUGGAUGGAAUUAUCUGUGGUACCAUAAUGGAAAUGAAAUUCAAGCCGCUGAUAGUACGGCUCAUACCAUAGGGUCUAUAGAUCAUCCUGACAGUGGACGAUACCACUGCAAAGCCAAGAGAGGCAAAGACCAGUUCUUUACAGAGGAGAGUGACACAAAAACUCUGCAGGUCUUUGACCAGCCUAGACCUUCUGUGAAAAUGGUGAGUCCCUGGCUGGAGGUGUUUGAAAAUGAGACGCUGGCUUUUAGCUGUGAAGUUGACAUCAACGAUGAUUGGACAUACACCUGGUACAAAAAUAAAGAAGUGGUACUGGAAGACAUGAACACUGACAAAGUGGACUCAUAUCUCAACAUCACUGGGAUAACUCGAGCUUCUCAAGGAGACUAUACCUGUGGUGUUCAAGUCGGUACCAGGAGACGCAGCUCUGGAAUCAGCAACGCAACUCACAUCACUGUUUAUGAAAACACACCAAAACCAACAUUGACCAAGGUUCCUGCUUUUAACCCUAUGUACGUUGGAGAAACUGUGACCUUCACAUGCAAAGUCGAUGUGUCCUCUGGCUGGAAGUAUCAGUGGUACAGAGAUAGACGUGUGCUUAAACACACCAGCGAGACCAUCAGCAUUCGUCUUGGUCUUUCUGAUCAGGGGAAAUACCUGUGCACAGCCACCAGAGAUGAAAUGACAUCAACAGACUUCAGUGAGGAAAUACCACAAGAUGUUCUUGAAAUUCCCCUUCCGUCUUUGAAGCUGGAAACAAAGUGGUCGGACGUGUUCCCUGAUGAGAGUGUGAAGUUGAACUGUGGGAUGAACAGCAUCUCUGACUGGACUUACACGUGGGAAAAAGGUGGACAGCAGGUCCAGGCUGAUGGUGUUGUGUCUUUUAACUCAAAUGGAGCUACCCUUGACAUCAGAUCUGCUGCAGCUACACACGCAGGAGAAUAUCACUGUAAGGGACACCUGAUGGGAAGGUCUGUCAAAGGCAACUCGAGUUCUGGACUUACCCUCUCGGUGUAUGAUAAGAAACCCAGACUCGUACUGACGCAGGAUCCAGACUACAAGGUGAUGUUCCCCGGAGAGUCAGUCUCCUUUACCUGUCACAUUAAUGUCUCCAGUGGAUGGGAGUACCUGUGGUUCAAAGACGGCUCUCUACUUACUGUACCUGGAAACAAGUACUCCAUCAGCUCUGUUGGAUCAACAAAUAGUGGUUUAUAUACAUGUCAAGUAAAAAGAGGCACUGAUCGAGUCUUCUUCACUGAAGGCAUUCAGCCUAUACGCCUUCAAGUUGAAGGGAACAAGCCCAAGCCUUCGAUGACUCAGUCGCCAAAUGCUGACAAGGUGUUCACUGGAGAGUUGGUGUCCUUCGAAUGUAAGGUCGCACUCUCGUCUGGUUGGAAGUAUCUCUGGUACAAAGACGAAGCACAACUCUCUAUGAACAGCAGUAUUUUUACCAUCCGUGAUGCCAUUGUAUCAAACAGUGGGACUUAUAAGUGCGUGGCCCUGAGAGACAAAACAACGUACAGUACAGAGUUCAGUGAUACUCGGGCUUUGCGCGUAUCUGAAAUUCCUGUUCCAAUCUUGAAGCUGGAAACGCCAUGGUCAGAUGUGUUCCCCACUGAGAGUGUGAAGUUGAGCUGUGACAUGGACCGCACCUCCGACUGGAAGUACACAUGGUCCAAAGAUGGACGGCAAGUCCAGGCUGAAAAUAGUGUGUUUUUUAAGUCGGAUGGAGCCAUUCUUUCCAUCGAUUCUGCUUCAUCCUCACACCAUGGACGAUACAAGUGUUUAGGAGAGCUCAAGAGCCGGCCUGUCAAGAGCAUUUUCAGUUCUGAGCAAACUCUUGAUGUUUAUGAUACAAAACCCAGAGUCACACUGAUGCAGAAUCCCACACACGAUGUGAUGCAUAGUGGAGAUUCAGUCUCCUUCAGCUGUCACACUAAUGUCUCUUCUGGAUGGGAAUACCUGUGGUACAAAGAUGGCACUCAAAUCACUGAAUCUGGAAACAAUUACACAAUCACGCCUGUUGCAACAUCCAACACUGGAUCAUAUCAAUGCCUAGUUAGAAGAAUAGGAAGUUCAGUCUUCCUCUCAGACAAGAGUCAAGCUGCAAGGCUUGAGGUUAAGGAGCGCCCACAGGCUGAUAUCGUCCUGUUGACUGGCUGGUCCGAGGUCUUCUCCACUGACAGCUUGGUGCUCAGAUGUGGGGUGCAGGAAAAUCCGGACAUGUGGAACUAUACGUGGUUUAAAGAGGGCCAACGAAUCAAUCAGCCACUCACUGAAAAACAUACAGUCACACCCCAGAAUGACCCUGAGCAGAGCCUGUACACCUGCCAGGGCGUUAGCAACGGCAGACCAUCAUAUUCAAAAAUCAGUGAAUCUUUCAAGACCAAGAAUCUUCUUUUGAAGAGGAGAGUGCUUCUUUCCAUCUCUGGCUGUAUCUUUUUUGGCAUCAUCGCUGUCUUCAUUGGAUGCAUUUUCCUCAGAAUCUUCCACAAACCAGCUGAUGAUGAUGAGAAGCCAGAAGACACAGAGCUGUUUCCUACCAUGGCUCAGCUAAAGGACCGUGAUGAUGCAGCCUGUCCACUGGUUAAGUACAUUACUGAUGCAGAACUGAGAGCUUCACCUAAAGAAGCAGAAGAGAACGGCACGAUUUGCAGUGAAACAACACCCUUACCAAUAACUUCACAGGAAGACCAAGGUAAUGAAGUUAUACUCCAAAUGCACUUUUCCAGUGAAAUAUUUCCUCUUUUUCGCCCAUUUUCUGUGCUGGCUUCUUUAUAACUGAGACACAAAGUAUUUCUAAUCCAUAUUUCGACAUCCUUUCUAGCUGUGACGAGUGAGAACCAUGACACAACAGAAAACAACAGUGGACUGGUUUCCUUUAAACAAUGAGUCAGUGAAGCUCUCAUUGCAUCACUUUGGCAAAUAAUUACAAGUCUGUAAACUUUUAAGGCUUUUUUUUAAGAUUUUUUUUUUUUUUUUGUCUUUAUUAGGACAGUCUAAGCAUGAAGCGGGGAAGGGAGAGAGGGGAUGACAUGUAGCAAAGGGCAGCAGGCUGGCAUUGAACCUAUGGCUGCUAAAGAAAGGACAUUGCCUUUGUAUAUGGGACACCUGCUCUAGCAACUCAACCACUGGGUGACACAGCCCUGUGAGGCUUUGAUGGGUUACAAUUUUUUUUUGAUGUAUUAAAACUAGAGAGACAUUCUCGCUGUUUAUAGGCUACAAGCGGCAUAUAAAAUUUAAAGUUUUGACUUGUCUGCAGUACUGGAUAAAAGUCGAGUAAAUGAAUUAGGAGUCGUCCUCCGGGCACUGUAAAUAUUGGUACCAAAUUUAAUGGAAAUUAAAAUAGUUAACGAUAUAUUGCACCCUGGAACAACAGGCUGCCAUUUAAUGUGUACAGAUUUGUUUUGCACUGAACAUGACCUGGUGGCACAGUACUGUUGAGAACUUUACAUAGUUUAAUCCAUGUCACUGCACUGAUGAACUGUUAAAGGCACUGUUUACAUUAUGUGAUAUGCAUCAAUCAUAUACAUUGUUGGCUUUCAUUGUUAGCAGUUAUGUGUACUGUACAUAUGUGUUGACCUGCAGGAGAAUAUAUCAGUCCUCCUUUGGUUGGUUUUUUACUUGUUGUAGCAAACACCUAGGGCCAGAUGUAUAAACUGUGUAUGCCCAAAAACAUUUCACUGGUCAUGUUAUUAAUGUGCGGGCUACACCUCGUUGUGUGAAAUGUCAAUUUUCAAAUGAUUUAUGAGUGGUAAAUCUUUCUUUUUUACUUUUCAUCCUCAACUGUAAAGCACUUUAAGAAGUCUGUUUCAAUAUGAGCGCUAUAAAUGAACCUUUCUGAUGUUUAAUAACGAUGAUUGAGACAUAACCUUGAAGAUGGUUUACAGGUACAUGUGAGGAAUUAGUGGUACGGGCGCUAUAAAUGGCCGCAGUUGUGCAUCUGGCCCCAGAUCUGAGUAAAUAUAAGUUAGUCUACACCACAGCUUAUUUAAUAUUAAAUGUUACAGCAGUUUAUGUUAUUGCUGUCUUCCUCUCAACUGCCAAUCAAGCAAUUUGGGUCUCCCGAUGAAAUUAUCAAAAUAAAAAAUACAAAAUGUC